UACACUGCUGUUAAGGCAUCUUGUCUAAGACCCCUGGAUAUAUUUAUUAUAGGGUUAAAUUGAAAUUGGAAUAUUUGCUAUAGAACAAAAACAAGGAAUUGUUUUCAUUCUGAGAAAUAUAUAUUAUUUGUGUCAAAAUACAUUUUACACAUUAAAAACUUAUAACAAGUAAACGUCUUACUGAAUUAUCAGGUUUUUAUUUACAAAGAAAGUAGUAAAAUAAUUAAUUUCAGACAUUUAUUACAAUGGCUGAAGCCGAGCCGACGGACCUGGACUGGGUGCAACUGCGCCGGGACAUGGGAGUUAUAGAUAGGGCAGAAACAACUCAAGAAAAGUUUGUUAGGAAGUUUAAAGAAAACCCCUUUGUUCCCAUAGGUUGUGCAGCCACAGCUGGUGCUUUAUCAUAUGGUCUAUGGUGUUUUAGAACAGGUAGAACUAAAAUGUCUCAAACAAUGAUGCGUGCUAGAAUAGUUGCUCAAGGAUUUACUAUCACAGCAUUGGUUGUUGGAGUAGCAAUGACUGCUGGAAAAACAUUGAAAUAAUCACUUGAUGUAUUAUGUAAUAAUAGGUAAUUUCUAUAAUUCUGUGAGAAAAAUAUUGCUUUUUAGAGCAGAAUAGGAAAGUUAUUUUAUUAAUUAAAAUCUCAAGUACAAAAUGUAAUUAUUUAAGAUUUUAAUUGUAAGACAUUGUUUGAAUUUUACCACUGUAAUAAAACUUGCUAUUUUUAGAAGGAUCACCCACCCACUUAUUAUAUUAAAAAGACCUGCUACGAAACUUAAAUAUAUAUUACUUAUUUGCUUAUUUUCACAUAAUAAAGAAAUAUACUUUAAUAUCAGUUGCAUAAUAAUUUGUACCAGUCUAUAUUGACCAAAAUAAUUAAAUCAAUCAAACAGUAAGUUUAGGUAUAAAUGUUUUGUUAAACAUGGUUAGUGGACUCGGUCUCUGCACUAAGACUCUCAAUAGGUCUGUUGUGCUUAUUUUGUUAAACUUAUUGUCCGAGUUGUUUUUAAUUUUUUUUAUAAAUAAUAUAUAUAUAUAUGUGAUUGUUCUUUAUGCAGAUUUUGACUCAGUAGUAGUUAGUUUGAAAAGGUCACUGAAUAUCUGAAAGCAGUUCUAACUGGUGAUUUAGAAACCACAUAGAUUUAGUACAGUACAAUAUGCUCAUAAUUUUUUUAUAUAUUAUUAAGUUGCUAUACAUGUAUGUGACUAAUUGUCAUGAGACAAUACACAUGCAAAAAAUGACUAGUGAUUAUCUACACUUCUUUGAAAAUCUGAACAGCAAACAAGGUACAUUAAUAGUAUGUGAAUUGAAAUUCUUACGAAGAAUAUUUAUUAAAGAAAACCAAAAGAACAACCAUGCUUUCGCCA